AUUACUAUUUUCUCGAGUUGUUGUAUAUAUAUUUAUUUUUGUAGAAAAUCCAGCGGCAAGUUGCCCCUUCGUAUUCUCGUCGUAUCCUCUGUAAAUUUCUGUGAAUACAGAGAGAUUUGUUUAGAUGUUGUGGGGUAGAGAAGGAAUGUUUUGCAUAUUAUAAGGUAAAUGAUAUUUUUUGUUAUUGUUGAAAUAAAGAGUAAAUUAAGUUAGCAAAUAAUGAAAUCCCCACGAGAUAAUUGGCCAGAACCAAUAGUUCGUGUCCAAUCUUUAUCUGAUAGUGGGAUUUCAACAAUUCCAACAAAAUAUGUGAAGCCACUAAAUGAGAGGCCAUCAUUAAGUAAGUUUAGUGAUGUUAAUAUUCCAACGAUUGAUCUUGAGGGAAGCAGUAAUUGUGAAGAAAUUUCAGAAGCGUGUCGAGAUUGGGGAUUUUUUCAGGUUGUUAAUCAUGGCGUUCCGCGAGAGCUCAUGGAUGAAGCGCGACAAGUUUGGAGAGAGUUUUUUCAUCAGCCGAUGGAUGUUAAGCAAAGUUAUGGAAAUACGCCUAAGACUUAUGAGGGAUAUGGAAGUCGACUUGGAGUUGAGAAAGGUGCUAUUCUUGAUUGGAGUGAUUAUUAUUUUCUUCACUAUCUUCCUGGAUAUUUGAAGGACCAUAACAAAUGGCCUGCCCUCCCUCUUUCCCUAAGGAAAGUGAUGGAAGAAUAUUCAAAACAAGUGGUGAAUUUUGGUGGACGUUUAAUGAAGAUAUUCUCAAAAAAUCUUGGAUUAAAAGAAGAUGUUUUACAAAAUGCAUUUGGUGGUGAAGAUAUAGGAGCAUGUCUAAGGGUAAACUUUUAUCCAAAAUGUCCACAACCAGACUUGACCUUAGGCCUUUCUCCACAUUCGGAUCCUGGUGGCAUGACCAUUCUCCUCCCGGACCACCAUGUCGCUGGCCUUCAGGUCCGACGCAACAACGCUCAUUGGAUCACUGUAAAACCAGCUUCUCAUGCUUUCAUCGUCAAUAUAGGCGAUCAAAUUCAGAUAUUAAGUAAUGCGAUAUACAAGAGCGUUGAGCAUCGAGUGAUGGUAAAUUCCGCAGAAGAACGCAUCUCCCUAGCGUUUUUCUACAAUCCAAAAAGUGAUUUGAUGAUAGAACCAGUAAAGGAGCUGCUCACCACACACAAUGUUUCUCCAUUGUAUCCACCAAGGACUUUUGAUCACUAUAGACUCUACAUAAGGACUAAAGGGCCUCAGGGAAAAUCACAGUUAGGGGAAUCAAAUAAAUUAAAUCCCCAACAUGACAAAAUGUAAUUGAUGUCUUUUUUUUUUGUAAUAAUAAUAAUAAUAGUGUCAUACUAGCUUGUAUGGAUUUCAAUUAUUGUCCACUAAAGUUUAGCUAGGCAGAUGAAAAUAAAUCCCCCAAUUUUUUUUAAUAAAUGAUUGGCUACAAAGGGAUUUUUUUUUA